CCCGCUCCCUCUCCCUCUCCCCAAAACCACCCAAAACCCUCUCCGGUCUGCUCUCCUCUUCGCCUGCUACCAAAUCCAUCGCCGCCGCCUCCUCCCCGGCCUCCGCCGCAAUGCUGCUCCCUCUCCGUCGCCUCUCCGGCCACCUCUACCGCGCCGUCGCCGCCUCCGCCUCCGCUGAUGUGCUGCUCCCGCUCCGCCGUCUGCCCGGCCACCUCCGCCGCUCCCUCUCCACCGCCGACUCGAACCCUCCCUGGGCGAUGAUCUACCGCCUGUCGGAGACGACGAACUACACGCGAGGCGCGUCCUUCUCGCUGGCGCCGCCGCCGUCGGCCACUCUCUUCUCCAUCCCCGAGAGGGCGUACGACCUGGAGGAACGCAAGCGCAACCCCGACCGCAGGUACGUUAACUUGCACGCCAGCGUCGUCUUCGCCGCGAGCCAGGACGGCCUUCUCCUCUUGAAGACCACGAGGAUCCGUUUGAGCGCCCACACGGCCGCGGGGCUGAACCUGGCCCGCCCCACGGAACAGAAAGCCAAGGUGGUGAUGGAUGAGGCCGUCGAGAAGGAGUUCGUGCGCUACAUGUGCAACCCCGUUACUGGCCAGCUUGUCCGCCUUCCGGACUACUUGGGCAUGAAGGAGAUCUUGCAGACGGCCACGGGCCUGCUCACCCAAGCAGACGGCGGGCACGGGCCGCCUAAGAGGUACGCCGUUGUUGAGCUCCUAGAGCUCAACGGCGAGGGGCGCUUCGUGGUGUUUUGCUUCUCCUCGGACACAGGGAAAUGGGACGCCACGGUGCGGCCAUCUCCGCUGCAGCCUGGGCGCGAGAUGCACUUGUUGAAUCACGAGGUGCUGGCCUUUGGUGGACGUCUGUGGUGGGUGGAUGUGAGCUUGGGCGUCCUCUCCAUGGACCCGUUCAGUGACAAGUGUGAGCUCCGCCACAUCAAGCUGCCUCCCGGCAGCGUCCUUCCUCGCCAAUCGCACGCAGAGAUUUGCGACCUUAUCAAAUACAGGCGGAUGGGUGUCAGCGACGGGAGGCUGCUGUAUGUCGAGGUUUCAAUGGAGGCGCCCUACCAGAUCAGGUCAUUCGUGCUGGACGACGAGAGCGGCCGCUGGACGUUGGAGCACCAGGUGUCACUGGAUGCCAAGGAGAGGCCUUUGGUUGGCGCCAUUGAUCCGCUCAACGCUGACUUGCUGUACCUCAACUUGGGCGCUGAAGUUAUUGUUAGCAUGGACAUGCGCCGGAACAGGAUCAUUGCUCAGUCAUCUGUGUUGGCCCGUGGUAUCCAUCCAUGCUAUUGCGGGUCAAAUGUGUUCUUGCCAUGUGUGCUCCCGUCAUUUCUUGGAUCAAGCCAUAUUCCAGGCAAGAAGGGUGCCCCAAAACAGCUAACUUUAGCUGAUGUUCUGGUUCGUUCAGACAAAUGCUAGAAGAAAUGAAGAACUAACAGGUGCAGGUGCUCUGAUGGCUUAGGAAGCUGAUGAUGGUAGUUUGGUGAACUCUCGUUUUGCGGAAAACCUGGAGAAACAUGCUGUUUUAGGAAUUUGGUCGCAUUUUGGGGUUAGGAUUAACCUGAGAAGUUUGGCCUUGCUGUAGUUUGCUGACGAACCAUGUGAGUUGUUCCGGACCUACAGUGUCAGCCUGAAUAUUCGCAGCAUAUUUCUCAAUUGAACCACCAGGUAAUAUGGCCAGUACAUCGAGCUGUUACGUUCUGCUAUUGUUAAGUGAGAA